AUGAAGAAGAAAGACGCGGGAGGUGGCGGUGGCGGUGGGGGUGGAGCGCUCGUCGCCGUCCCGUGCGUGGACAUCAAGCUCUUCGUCGCCUCGCUCGCCUUCCUCACGCUCUUCGUCGCGUUGUGGCAGCUCCAGCCCUACGGCUCCCUCCUCGCCGCCGCCCGCUCCUCCGCAUCCGCGCCCCCCUGCGCCCUUCCCCUCGCCACAACCUCCGCUGCCGCCGCCAGCAACAUCAACAACACUGAGGUUCACUCCGCCAACUCGACGUCCUCCAACGCAGCUACCAAGGGCGCACCGGUGGCGACGUCGGCUCCGGCCACGGCCGCCGUCGCCGCUGUUCCGAUGCGGUUGGCGAAGCCGGCGCCGCGGACGGAGGACCCGAACACGAACAAGCCGGUGCUCACUCGGCCGCCCGUAAGCGCGGCGGCGCGGACGGAGGACCCGAGCACGAACAAGCCGGUGCUCACUCGGCCGCACGUAAGCGCCGCGGCGCGGACGGAGGACCCGAACACGAACAAGCCGGUGCUCCCUCGACCGCACGUAAGCUCGGCGGCGCGGGCGGAGCAGCCGAACACGAACAAGCCGGUGCUCCCUCGGCCGCACGUAACCGCGGCGGCGCGCGCGGAGGAGCCGAAAAGGCCGGUGCCCCGGCCGUCCGGCAGCGCGGCGGUGCGCCUGGAGGACCCGAAAAGGCCGGUGCUCCGGCCGUACGGCAGCGCGGCGGCGCUGUUCGUGCAGAUGGGCGCGUACCGGGGCGGGCCGCGGACGUUCGCCAUCGUGGGGCUGGCGUCUAAGCCCACCCACGUGUUCGGCACCCCCUACUUCAAGUGCGAGUGGCAGCCCAACCCGAGCGCCGCUGACCCGGCGCCGCCCGCCGUCCGGACCAAGGCCUACAAGAUCCUGCCGGACUGGGGGUACGGCCGCGUCUACACCACCGUCGUCGUCAACUGCACCUUCCCCUCCAACCCCAACGCGGCCAACGCCGGCGGCAGGCUGCUCGUCCACGCCUACCACUCCACGGCCUCCCGCCGGUACGAGCGCUUCGUGGCGCUGGAGGAGGCGCCGGGCGCCUACGACGAGGCCAUCUUCAGCCCGCCGUUCCAGUACGACUACCUCUACUGCGGCUCCUCGCUCUACGGCAACCUCAGCGCCAGCCGCAUGCGCGAGUGGGUGGCCUACCACGCGCACUUAUUCGGGCCCAGGUCGCACUUCGUCUUCCACGACGCCGGCGGCGUCAGCCCGGAGGUGAGGGCGGUGCUGGACCCGUGGAUCAGGGCGGGGCGGAUCACGGUGCAGGACAUCCGGGCGCAGGCCGAGUUCGACAGCUACUACUACAACCAGUUCCUGGUGGUGAACGACUGCCUGCACCGGUACCGGCACGCCGCCAACUGGACCUUCUUCUUCGACGUCGACGAGUACCUCUACCUGCCCAACGGCCAGGCUCUGGACCAGGUGCUCGGCAAGCUCUCGGGCUACACGCAGUUCACCAUCGAGCAGAAUCCCAUGUCCACCAAGCUCUGCGUCAAGAAUCCGAGGAAUGAUUACUCAAGGGAAUGGGGAUUCGAGAAGUUCGUGUUCCGGAACUCGAUCACGAGGGUCCGGCGCGACCGCAAGUACGCGAUCCAGGCGCGGAACGCGUAUGCGACCGGGGUGCACAUGUCGCAGAACGUGUACGGGAGGUCGACGCACAAGACGGAGGCCCUCAUCAGGUACUACCACUACCACAACUCCAUCAACGUGCUGGGGGAGCCCUGCCAGGAGUUUGUGCCGCGGCCCGGCGGCGGCCGCAAGGUUACGUUUGAGGGCGUCCCCUACGUGUACGACGACGCCAUGAAGCGCCUCGCCGGCGAGAUCCGGCGGUUCGAGAACCAAACCAUCGGAUCAUCUCUUACAUAA